UUGUUUCUGCCAACAGCACCCGGCAUAUUUUGUGAAAAAGUUUUGUAAAAUCUCUCUUUGUGAACUUACCGGCUGGUAUUACUGUUUCGUUUCUCUAAUACAGUGAAGUUUCAAGAAUUCGAAACCAUCAACUGGAAAAGAAGUGACUUUAUCCGCUAGCCUCAUAAGCGUGUUCGUGUAGAAGGUGGUGUAUACGUUAUAAGAUAUCUUAGUUCAACAGUCAGCUAAGGAUUGCUAUCUACUCGCUCUCAUCCUUUCUCACUGAAUCUCAAGUGCCAUAGGAUUCAUCCGAUAGGUAACCGACGUUCCGAGGUAGUAACUCGAUUGUGCGGUGCCAGCAAACUAUAAUCCAGCAGAAAUGGCAGAAAAAUCCGAUACCCUCGUAACACCGGAGGAUAAGGCGAAUGAAGCAAAGGAACUGUUUGGUCGUGGUAGCCGAAACUACUGCAUGCGGCAGUACUCGGAGGCAGCCGACGAUUUGAGUGCGUGCUGUGCACUGUACUCAGAGAUGUACGGAUCUCUGGGUGAGGAAUGCGGCCAACCAUAUCUGCUGUAUGCUAAAUCGUUGAUCGCCAUCGGCAAGGACGAGAACAAUCUGAUCGUGCCGGGCGAGGAUGAUGAAGAAGCAGAUGAAGAUGACGAUGACGGCGAAGGUGAGGAAGACGCCGAGGGUGACGAAGGUGCGGAAGAUGAGGGUGGUGACGAGGAGAAAACCAAGCAGGAGCAGGAAAAUGGAAAGGAUGACGAAGAUGUUACAAUGAAGGAAUCCAAGGAUAGUGCUGCUGCGGAAGCGGAAGCUGAAAAGAAAGAAAAUGGUGUAGAAGCAGAAAAGACGGAAGGCGGUAGUAGUGAAGCUGGCAAAGCGGAAAGUGGGGCCAAUGACGCGGAACCACAGCCAGGCCCAUCCACCUCCAACGGUGGUGCUAAGGAGGAAGAAACGACUGAAGAUUCAGCUGGUAAUUUGCAGGUGGCAUGGGAGAUGUUGGAAUUGGCGGUGAAAAUUUUUGUGAAACAGGGUGACAAAGGUUACGAAAAUUUGGCCGAAUGCUACUCGGAAUUAGCCGGAAUUUCGUUCGAAAACAGUUUCUUCCAGGAGGCCAUCAAUGAUUACACAAAAGCAUUGAAGAUACAUACACAAACGAACAAUAUCGAUUUGCGCUUUUUGGCUGAGAUUAACUACAAGAUGGGCCUUUGUCAUUUGAUGCUGAACGAUUUUGAUGCGUCAAUCAAAUCGUUCCAAGCCGCGGUCGCCGAGCUGGAGAAGGUGAUCGAAGAGAAAGAGGCCAUUAAGGAGCAAACGGACGACACGAAGGAGGCAAUUGCGGAAUUGGUUGAAACAAAGAACGAGAUUAUUGAAAAGAUUGCCGAUGUUGAGGAAGCCAAGAAAACGUCAAUCGAAGAAGUAAAGCGUGAGCUGUCCAAAAUAAUCGUAUCUGGUGACGGCGGAUCGAGCAGUACAACUGAUGGAGCAGGCCCUUCGUCAUCUGGCAGUUCCUCCGCUAUUGCCAAUGGUGCUUCUGCUUCCAAGUCCGACACGAAGGCAGCGAAAGCUGAUGAUAAACCGGCAAACGAUAUUUCACAUCUCAUCAAGCGAAAAAAGCCGGACACUGUGAGUGCAGAAGUGGAAGGAUCACCGGCUAAGAAAAUUGCUACCGAAACCGAAGUGACCGAGCAUAACCGAAGUUCUUAAGCAGUUCUGUUACAUUUCAUACUUUGUUCAAAACAUUUUCCUAUUAUGUCUAUAGUUCCGAGCAGUUUCAAUGUUUAACGUUUUUAUCUGUUUUCAAUUCUACGAUUGGACCUUAUUUUCAUUGCCAGACCAUAGCUACGUAAAUAGUAGGCGGCCAGAAUAUGAUUGAACUUAAAUUUCUGGAUUUUAUUGUGCUGCUGCUUUGGAUGUAUGUAUUAUACGCACCUAUGGAUGGCUCUUUUCUCUAUUAUUUUUGGCAUUCCAAUUACUCUCUGUGUCCUUGUUCGGUGGUACCGGGUAAGGCUGAACUUAUGAUUCGUAAAUAAAACUAAUAUACAUUCGUA